AUGCAAAAAUCCUCAUCAAGUGAAGGAGUUUCUCAUGUUAGAAGAUCUAUUUCAUUAAACAAGUUAAAGAAUCAAUUUGCUGAUGCUGCUGAAGCAGAACAUUUUACUAAUGAAUCAGAUUCUGAAAAAUAUAAUAAUUUGUGGGACUAUUGCUCUUUAUAUUUAUCUAAAGAUGUUGAAACUAUUAAACAACAAAUUGCUAAUCAUAUUGAAUAUACAUUAGCAUGUCAACGAUUUGAUUUUAAAACAAAAUCACUCUUUACAGCAACAGCUAUUUCUUUAAGAGAGAGAAUGACUGAAUAUUGGAAUGAUACACAUCAAUAUUUUAGAGAAAUUCAAACAAAAAGAAUGUAUUAUCUUUCAAUUGAAUAUCUUAUUGGUCGUUCAUUAAUGAAUGCUAUUUGUAAUCUUGGAUUAGAAAAUGAAUAUAGAGAUGUUGUUUCCCAAUUUGGUUCAUCUCUUGAAGAAUUAUAUGAAUAUGAAAAUGAUGCUGCACUUGGAUCAGGAGGACUUGGAAGACUUGCAGCAUGUUUCCUUGAUUCACUUGCUACAAUGAAUCUUCCAGCAUGGGGAUAUGGUAUUAGAUAUCAAUAUGGUAUGUUUAAACAACAAAUUUCACAUGGAUAUCAAAUUGAAACACCAGAAUAUUGGCUUGAAGCAGGUAAUCCAUGGGAGAUUGUUAGAAAGGAUGUUAAUCAUGAAGUAAGAUUUGGUGGAUAUGUUACAGUAGAUAAAGCAACAGGAAGAAUGAAAUGGGAAGGAGGAAAUACUGUUAGAGCUAUUGCAUAUGAUAUGCCUGUACCAGGUUAUAAGACAUUAAAUACAUUAAAUUUGAGACUUUGGAGUUCAAAACCAUCUAACCAAUUUGAUUUAGAACAUUUCAAUAAAGAAGAAGAUAUUGAUUAUUGGCAAAAAGUACAUAAUCAACAAAAAGAUGAAAAUAUAUGUAAAGUUCUUUAUCCAAAUUCAUCACAUUAUAAAGGACAAGAAUUACGAUUGAAACAACAAUUUUUCUUCACUAGUGCAUCAUUACAAGAUAUAGUUAGAAGAUUUAAAAAGAUGAGAAUUGCCAUGAAUGAAUUCCCACAAUAUGUUGCAAUUCAAUUAAAUGAUACACAUCCUACUGUUGGAGUAUUAGAAUUAAUGAGAAUUCUUCUUGAUAUUGAAGGACUUGAAUGGAACCAAGCAUGGGAAAUUGUUGUCCAAACAUUUGCAUAUACAAACCAUACUGUAUUACCAGAAGCACUUGAAACAUGGCCAGUUCCAAUGUUUGAGAAUUUAUUACCACGACAUCUUCAAAUUUGUUAUGAAAUUAAUAGCAGAUUCUUAUCAUGGGUUAAGACUGCACACAAUUGUACUGAACAAGAAAUUGCUGCUCUUUCUAUCAUUGAAGAAAGUAAUCCAAAGAGAAUUAGAAUGGCUAACCUUGCUAUUAUUGGAUCACAUACAGUUAAUGGUGUUGCUGCUAUUCAUUCACAAAUUAUUAAAGACGUUAUCUUUAGACAAUUCUCUAAGAUUUGGCCACACAAAUUUAUUAAUGUUACUAAUGGAGUUACACCAAGAAGAUGGAUGUUACAAUGUAAUCCAGGAUUAAGUAAAUUGAUAACAGAAACACUUAAAUCAGAUGAAUGGGUUGUUGAACUUUCAUUACUUGAAGGAUUAAGAUCACUUUGUGAUCAUUCUUUAGAAGAGAAGUUUAGAGCAGUUAAAACACAAAACAAAGAACGAUUAAUUAGAUUAGUAUCAAAAAUCACUGAUGGGGAAAUUGUAUUGAAUUCAUCUUAUUUAUUUGAUGUUAUGAUUAAAAGAAUUCAUGAAUAUAAGAGACAAAGCCUUGCUAUUUUAGGUACUAUUGCACAAUAUUUAGCACUUAAGAAAAUGACACCAGAAGAACGAGCACAACAAGUUCCACGAGUUAAAAUUUUUGCAGGAAAAGCUGCUACAUCAUAUGAAAAUGCUAAAAUUAUUAUUAAAUUGAUUAACUCAGUUGCUGAUAUAGUUAAUAAUGAUAAAACUAUAGAUAAUAUGUUAAAGAUUGUUUUCAUUCCAAAUUAUAGUGUUUCAUUAGCAGAAGUUAUUAUUCCAGCAAAUGAUAUUAAUGAACAAAUCUCAACUGCUGGAUAUGAAGCAUCAGGAACAUCAUGUAUGAAAUUCUGUAUGAAUGGAGGACUUAUUAUUGGUACAUGGGAUGGUGCUAAUGUUGAAAUUGCAGAAGAGAUUGGAGAAGAAAAUAUGUUUAUGUUUGGAGCUAAGAAGAAUGAAGUUGAAUUAAUUAGACAACAAGGAACAAGCUAUAUUGAUGAAAGACUUUAUGAUGUCUUAAAAGCUAUUUCUGGAGGUAUGUUUGGAGCUGCUGAUUGGUUUAAUAAACUUAUUGGACAAUUCUGGGGUGGUAAUGACUAUUAUUUAGUUGCACAUGACUUUGCUUCAUACCUUGAAGCACAAAUGAAAGUUGAUGCUACUUGGAAAAAACCACAAGAAUGGAAUCAUAAAUGUGUUAUGUGUGUAUCUAAGAUGGGUAAAUUCUCAUCUGAUAGAUCUAUGAAAGAAUAUGCAGCUAAUGUAUGGAAUAUUCAUCCUUGUCCAUUACCAGAAACUGACAUGAAUGAUAUGAUGGAUAUUGCAAAGAAACAAUUAUUGCCAGAAAAGAAAUAA